AUGCCCAUUUGUAAGGCUGUUUACUUACCUGAGGGUAUCAGUGAUCACUGCCCAAUAAAGAUUACAUUUGAUGAUAAUAGUAGAAAACCAAAAAGAACUUUUAAAUAUUGUAAUGCAUGGUCUGAGCAUAAACAAUUUCUGAAGGUGGUUGAAGCAGGAUGGAAUAUACUGAUAGAUGGUUGCAAAAUAUUUCAGGUGGUAAGGAAAAUGAAGAUGCUAAAAAGAGAAUUGAAGAAGCUAAAUACUCAAAGCUUCAGGAACAUAGUAUCUGAAGCUAAUGAGGGCAGAACUGCUUUGCAGAAUAUCCAAGAGCAGCUUCAUCUUGAUCCAGAUAACCUUGAAUUACAACAAACUGAAAGAGAGAAGUAUCAAAAACUCGAAAAAUCUUCUUACUUAACAGAAAUCUAUUUGCAGCAAAGAAGUAAGGCUAACUGGAUAAGGCUUGGUGAUGAAAACACCAGGAUUUUGGAGCCUUUCACCAUUGAGGAGGUGAAAAAGGCAGUGUUUAGUAUUGAUAUCAAUAAGAGUCCUGGGCCGAAUGGAUAUGGGAGUGGCUUCUAUAGAGCUGCAUGGAGGGUCAUAGGUAAGGAUAUCACUGAGGCGGUACUGGAGUUCUUUCAAACUGGACAAUUGCUGAAACAAAUCAAUGUCACUAAUAUUGCCCUUAUACCAAAGGUGACUAACCCUGAAAAUACAAGUCAAUUCAGGCCAAUUGCUUGUUAUAAUGUGAUAUAUAAGGUCAUCUCAAAGAUGAUUUGUUUGAAGUUAAAGCAAGGUGUGAGUCAGAUAGUUGCUGAGAACCAAACAGCAUUUAUACAAGGCAGAACUAUGGUUCAUAAUGUGCCAAUAUGCCAUGACAUUCUCAGGCACUAUAAUAGGAAAACUACUCAUAGGUGUCUUACGAAGAUUGAUCUCAGGAAAGCUUAUGAUAUGGUGAGUUAA